CAAUAUGUCUCAAUGCAGUGUUGUUUUGAUUUGUAUUGUAUUUAGUUUGUUGCAAAAAUAAUUCGGAAAAUAUUACGAAAAAAAGGAAUUCAUUCGUGUAAUUGGUACUUUUAAUAAUAAUACAAAUCGGGGUAAAGUUAUGUUAAAGUAAUGAAUGUCGCGACCGUGAAUAAAUAGGUUAUCAUGUGGUCAAUUGUUGCUUUGUUAUUUUUAUCGUUCGUGGCAUAUCUUUUUACUGAUGAAUUAAUACCGAAACUGAAGGAAUUAUUCAUAAAAGCUGGUCUGUUUGGCAUCGACUUGUGUAAACCGACAAAAAAUAAGAUACCAGAAGCGAUAGGUGUUGUUUCAGGGUGUAUUUUUUUAGUGACAUGUUUCCUUUUCAUACCUAUUGCUUUUGGCAAUGGGCUUAUGGACAGAGCGCAUUUUCCCCAUAAUGAGUUUGCGGAAUUGCUAGCGGCAUUACUAUCCAUUUGCUGCAUGCUACUCCUCGGUUUUGCUGAUGAUGUGUUGGAUCUGCGUUGGAGAUACAAACUGUUGCUGCCCACUAUCGCGUCACUACCGUUACUUGUUGUUUAUUAUGUGAACUUCAACUCUACGACCUUUAUAGUGCCCUGGCCUUUAAGACCGUGGCUGGGAGUGUCUAUUAACAUUGGUUUUCUAUACUACAUAUACAUGGGAAUGCUGGCCGUGUUCUGUACAAACGCCAUCAACAUUUUGGCGGGAAUAAACGGCUUGGAAGUGGGCCAGUCAGUGGUCAUAGCGCUAUCUAUUGUGAUAUUUGACUUGAUAGAAUUAACAGGGGAUCAGUACAAAGCGCAUAUGUUCUCUCUGCAUAUCAUGAUACCGUAUGUGGCCACCACUUUGGCGUUAUUCAAACAUAAUUGGUAUCCGUCCAGCGUGUUUGUCGGAGACACCUUCUGCUACGUCUCAGGGAUGACGUUCGCCGUCGUAGGAAUACUGAGUCACUUCAGCAAAACCGUGCUUUUAUUCUUCAUACCGCAAAUAAUCAACUUCCUCUACUCAGUGCCGCAGCUGUUCCACAUAAUACCGUGCCCAAGACACCGUUUGCCGAAAUACAGCGCCGAAACGGAUCUGCUAAAUCCCAGCAGAACUAUUAUAGUGAAAAAAGAUAUGAAAUUUUUAACUAAACUCAUAGUGAACAUAGCGUCAAUUUUACACUUGGUAGACGCUAAAGAAGAUGGUGAUAGUAUAGUGUUAAAUAAUAUGACGUUAAUUAAUUUAUUCCUAGUGAAACUCGGACCUAUGACGGAGGUAAGGUUGACAAAGAGCUUGUUGCUGUUCCAAAUAUUGUGCAGCGGUCUAGCAUUUACCAUUAGGUACCCAAUGGCAUCUUAUUUUUAUGAUACAGCCAAAUAAUUUGUUAUUUUAGUUCGUAAGGAUUCAAAGCUUAUUAUUUAAAAAAAUAAAACAUUUAUUAUUUUGAUUA